AUUUCUAUUUAUUCAAGAUGUAGCCUCCCAAAAGAAAAAUACAUCACAUCAAAUUCAAACAAAAAUAUCUACAGCUAGCAAAACCUCAAACCGUUAAAAUUUCAAGCCACAUAAAUGAAAUUUUCAUCUGAAAAAAAGGACAAUCUAUCUAGACGUUAAAUUUCAGCCCUAAUAUGAAUCUGAAGCAUUUGGUGGACGAGAAAGAGCCAUGUAGGAAUGCAUCAAACAAAGGAAAAAUCUUUGAACUCCAAUGGGAUUGCAGAUACAGAUACCAAUGGAUAAGAAUCUGUUCUCUUUGCCCACUAUUUAAACUCACCAAACCCACCAGUAUCUUCCUCACCACAAAAUACAUUCCACCGUUGAUCACAAGCCUUAUUCCACCACCUCCAACAAUGGCUGCUUCUACAAUGGCUCUUUCCUCCCCAUCUCUGGCCGGCAAAGCCGUGAAACUCUCCCCCAAUGCCCCUGAAAUUCAGGGAACUGGAAGAAUCACCAUGAGGAAAACUGCCACCAAGUCAGUUUCCUCCGGCAGCCCAUGGUACGGCCCCGACCGUGUCAAAUACUUGGGCCCAUUCUCUGGUGAGCCACCAUCCUACCUAACCGGAGAGUUCCCUGGUGACUACGGAUGGGACACUGCUGGACUUUCAGCUGAUCCCGAGACCUUCGCCAAGAACCGUGAGUUGGAAGUGAUCCACUCCAGAUGGGCCAUGCUUGGAGCUUUGGGGUGCGUUUUCCCUGAGCUUUUGUCUCGCAAUGGUGUGAAGUUCGGUGAAGCUGUGUGGUUCAAGGCUGGGUCUCAGAUCUUCAGCGAAGGUGGGCUCGACUACUUGGGCAACCCCAGCUUGGUCCACGCUCAGAGCAUUUUGGCCAUCUGGGCUUGCCAAGUUGUGUUGAUGGGUGCCGUCGAGGGUUACCGUAUUGCCGGCGGCCCGCUCGGGGAGGUGACUGACCCCAUCUACCCAGGUGGAAGCUUCGACCCAUUGGGUUUGGCUGAUGACCCAGAGGCCUUCGCUGAGUUGAAGGUUAAGGAGCUGAAGAAUGGAAGGUUGGCUAUGUUCUCCAUGUUUGGAUUCUUUGUUCAGGCUAUUGUUACUGGAAAGGGUCCAUUGGAGAAUUUGGCUGAUCACCUUGCUGACCCAGUCAACAACAAUGCUUGGGCCUACGCUACAAACUUUGUUCCUGGAAAGUGAGAAAUACGUAGAAAGAGAGAGAGAGAGAGACUAAAGAGAGUUUCUAUGGUGUUGAAUUAUUAUUUGUGGUGGUAUUGUACAUUAGUUGAAAAUGAAUGAAGUGCUUUUGUGCUGCUAA